GAAAACAGUAAAGGGGCACAGUAAUAUUUCGGCUAAAAAUGGAAACUUGACAAGGAGGCUUAGUAUGGUAUUUUUGUAUCUAGAAUGACAUCGUAGAGCAGUGACAUGCAUGCUCCACCUUUAGAAUUAGCAAGGAGGACUCGCUAAAGAUUAGAAAGACGAAGGAAAUAGUGAUACUCAAGAUGCCGAGUGAUGUCAUAGUCAGCCUAAUAGCCCAGUUAUUGUCGUUUACUGACAUCAAAAGCGAUGUCUGUAUGUGUGCAAAGGAGGGAGGGGGGGGGGUAAGGUUUUGUAUCAUGCGAACUCACCAACAUUUAAUUGGAGUGUGUGGGUGCGAUCGUCUCUUGCGUCCCUUUUCAAACUAAAGUGUGUGAAGUGGGGGGUAGAUCAAUCCGGCGAUCGUUGGGUGUAUGACUCGAACCCAGCAACAUGAUAAGGCAAUUCUUACAAAAAUUUUUCGAGGAUUGUUCCAGAAAAUAGUAAAUAACGUUUCUUUUAAUGUAGCACAUAGCAUUCAAUGGAUGACGACCAUUGAGAGUGAUCUGUGUCUGCGUCUAAGAAGUAAAUUCAGGAGAAAACUUUUCACAUCUCUACAUUAUCAGCAUGAUCUUCCGCAAGUAAAAUGAAAGAAACGCGUGUGUCGUUUAUGAUUCUAAUUUUUCCCCAUCCAACAUAUUCAAGCUGAUAUCUGGCUCAGCACAAGGUGUUUUACGUUCUUAUUAUUACCUCAAUCAUUCUGCGGUCGAAUGGUAACCCAAACUCACUGAAUUCAAACACAUGCUCUAUAUCUAAAUACACAAAUGCGAACAUUUUAUGUUUAGUCUUGCUCUGAAUUCAUUUUCAUUACUAAUAAUAGACUUUAUACUUUUCUUUGUUGCUCAAGGGGAUCUUCAUACUAGAGCUUUUGCUUUUAUACGCAAGAAGUAUAUUGAUCUGGCCAAAUAUAUCAUACUUUAAUUCUCACCUUGCUUAUUUCUCUCGAGUUAACGUUCAGCUCCUCGCCUAGUGGAUACAUUACUGCAAAUAGCUUUUAUACAUAGCUAAAAAAAAAACAAAGGGCAUAAAAAGUUUUUGCUUUUUUUUCCUUUUUCUCUGCUAUUUUUCAAGGAGAUACAUCUCCUUUUUCUGUUGGCUUGAUGAUAUAGUUGUACAUUUUUUUCAGGCGUAGAUUACUUUCCAUUCCUCUGAGGGAAGAUUGUACACAGCGACAAGCAAGCAAGGAUUGCUUUUGUCAGCACAUUUUUUUUCGGCAUUUCUCUUCUUUUUAAUAAAUAUAGAAGUAAAAACAUCUCACUUAGUUUUUGUCCACAGAAAACAUCUUUCACGGUGUGAGAAGUAAGUCUGAUUCGCAAUUUGAGUAUGUCGCUUGCAUCCAACCCCAGGCUACGUUCAGUGCCUAGCUCAGCUAUCACGAAAAAUUUGCCCCUCUCAACCUCCGUAGGAAGGGCAAGUGCGAGAUACUUUCCUGCCUCUUCACCAGACACUUCCCUUUUCAGCCCAGAAGAUAUUUCAACUGCUACAGCAGAUUCCUAUCAAUUGGGAUCAAAGAAGGAUGGUGUGCAAGGUGGUCCAGAAGUCUGUGCGACGAAGGUGUUUGUACGGGUUCGUCCCUUUACGCAGCGGGAACUUGGAGAGCCCACAGUCGCUGGGGGGUCCUCCUCUUGCAGAUCUGAGUUUCCCGUGGAGGUUAGAAGCGUUGUCCGUGUGGAUAAUCACUGUCCCUCACACAUCACGACUCUCGACCCGGAGAAGAACUUUACCCCGAAAGACACCUACGUGUUUGAAAAUUGCUUUGACUCGGCGAUGACUUGCACCAGAGCCCUUGAGGAAAUUGAUGGGGACACCAUAUCCCCACAGGAGAUUGAGUGUUCCAUGCAGGACCAGGCAUUUGUGUACGCUUCUGUUGGUCAGCCCGUGCUGCAGAACGUGCUGGAGGGCUACAAUGGCUGUGUGUUUGCUUACGGCCAAACAGGCAGUGGGAAGACCUACACAAUGAUGGGGCUUGCUUCAUGGGUUGAAGCAGUGGAGGUGGCCAGGACCCCUCGCGGGCCGUGUUUUCCCCCACAAAAGGGUACCAGCGCGGUUGGUGCUCUUCACAGGUUCAAAAAAACGAGUGGGCCUUUGUCCCGCGGUGGAAGAAGUGAUUUCAGCACCCUGGGGGUUGCAGCCUCAGCGGAGGUGCCUGUUACAGAGUUUCCCAUCUGUAUGCAUGCGAAAGGGUCUACAGUUUGUCCUGUCGAGGGAAUCAUUCCGCGGCUCCUGAGGCAGCUAUUCCUCGAUUUGCACAAGAAGCAUCAAAUGGAUAAUACCCACUCUUUUCGUGUCGAGAUUGAGUACUAUGAAAUAUACAAUGAAAAGGUCAUUAAUUUAUUGAGCACAGAGAUGCCAAAUGUUGAGCUUCGUGUGCGUAACUCCCCAAGCGGUCCUUAUGUGGAUGGGCUCCAGCGUACACACGUAGAGGAUGUUGAAAGUGUUUUUAAAUGUCUGCGGCACGGCAACACCGCGCGGCACAGUGCGGUUACCAGGUUCAACAACCACAGCAGUCGGAGUCACGCAAUCCUGACCCUGCAUCUUAUCCAGAUGCAUAUAUCUGGAGAUGAUGCUCGUUCACGGUUGUGUAGCAAGAUUAACUUGGUGGAUCUGGCCGGAUCCGAGCGGACUGGCGCAAGUGGUGUGAUUGGUAAGCAUUUCAUUGAGUCUACCAGGAUCAAUUUAUCCCUUACAGUUCUCGGGCGUGUGAUUGAUGCUCUGGCAGAUCUUUCCCAGGGCAAGCAGGGGACCUUUUGUCCGUAUCGCGACUCCAACCUUACUUGGUUGUUGCGAGACUCCCUCGGAGGAAAUAGCAAAACAACCAUGAUCGCAACCGUCUCCCCACACUCAUCGAGCUUCGAGGAAACGUUCCAGACGCUGCGUUACGCGUCGCGUGCAAAGCAGAUCGUUACGAAGGCCGUCGUGAAUGAAGAUCCUCAACAGCGGCUCAUCAAGCAGCUUAACAUGGAAGUUCGGCGCCUGCAGCGCCUGUUGGAAGGCGAGGAGGAUAAAGGCAACGAUGACUACGUAGAUGAGCUGCGUGACCGAGUCGUUUCGUUAGAGGCGGAGCUGAGUGAAAAAAAGGCACAACUUGAUCGAGCCGAAGCGGAAAUUACCUUGUUGCGCACUUCCAUGGAGGCUUCUAAGGCGGCAGUGUCUCUCAGUAGUAGUGGUGCACUUAAUACAGUCGAUGCCAGCACCACCAAGAGCCUGAUCGCUACACUACGAUCUAGCAUUGAGAAGUUGAAAGAAGAAAAUUUGAGGCUCUUGUUGACAGAGACUGAAUUACAGGUCUGCAAGGACGAUAGGGCGCAACUGACGAAGCGUCUGGCACAGAUCUGUAAAAGUACUGAGAGGGAGUCGAAGUCGCUCCAGUCAAAUAUUCGACGUCUAGAAAGGGAAAAUCAUAAGCUUGAGAGUGAGAAGGCAAAACUACUCAACCUCAAUGUCUCCCUGCAGGCAUCCGAGGAACAUGAGGCCGAGUUGAUAGCACGGAUUCAGCAGCUAGAGCAGGAUAAUAAAUUUUUGCAGUCAAAGGUGCAGUCCACUGCGUCGGUCCCCCCUAAAUCGCUGGAUCUUAGCGAUGAUGCGAAGAGGAAACUUCAACUGAUGGGUCUUCUUCCACAUCGAUCGGACUCUUUAUUCUCUGCUUCUCACAUUUGUGAUGAUUCGUUACCACUUAUAAAGGUAGAGUCCCUAGUGGAAUCCCUUACCGAGCUUGCCUUUAAGGAAGGGGAGGGUUGUAAGAGUAUACAAAAUCGAAGUGCUCCGUCUCCGAAACGAAAAAACGGGACGAAUCCUAAGGCACGCGCUUGCCAGAAUGAGAAAAGAGGAACCUCAAAUUCUAAGCUGAUUAGUGGUGAGUGCUUAAGGAGUUUAGGAAAUGCUUCAGACGGAGUCAGAUGCACAACACAACCUUUUUGCACGCAGAUGGCUCUUCCGACUAAAAAAAAAGGAAUACGAAAAGUGCAAGCAGAUCCGAAACAGCUGUCAGUUCUAAAUUCUUCGAUGAAGAUGAAUGUGCCGAAAGAUGUCAAAAAAGACUUUAGAUACAGAAUGGGUGGUAAAGAUGAAAAACACUGUGUCAGUCAGCCUGAGGCCGAAGGACUUAAAGGCCAUUUGAAAUCUGUUUCAAAGCAGCACAGCGAAAAAGAAAUGGAGUCCAUUAAUCGGCAUGACAAUGCUAUGGAUCUGCAAAAGACAGAUAUUCAGAAGCAAACACGUUUGCUUGAAGAUGCAAUGCACUCGUUGAUAUCUCUUACUGAUAACAUGAAUAGUUUAACUGCGAAGGAGCAGGAUGAACUCACGGAAGGUGGCGGUGUAAUUCUUGGUAUUAUGUACUUACUUAAGGAUAGGCUUAAACUACUGCAGGCCAGACAACAAAAUAUUCAGAAGGAAGUUAGUCUGACCAGGGACGCAUCGAAGGAUUCCUAUGAGCAGGACUUAGAACGUUCAGCUACUCAGCAUCAAGAAUUAGAUCCCUUUGGAACGGCAGCAUGCAAUUUUGCACCCAAGGGGAAAAAUGUACACUCAAAUAUUACUUCUCGUGAAGUUCCAUCGGUGAGAUUGAUGAGCCAAGAAGAGGUGCGUGACAACCCACAUAUGGAUGGAGUAAAACUAUCGCGCAAAAUUGGUAAGGCCACAACAAUUCAUACUCCUUGCGGAAAAGAAGAUUUGCAGCACGAAAUGAAGGCUUUACAGCUGAAAUAUGUUAAAUUGUGUGAUGCUUUCUGCCGUUUAUAUCAGGAUCACGAUGAAAGUCUGAUGGUGGCGUUAACCGAUGCAAGCGAUAUUUUGCUUCAGGCUUUGACGAAACUGCAAUUGGAAACAACAGGCGAGCUCGUUCACAUAAAAUGGGGGAUGGUAAAACUACGCCUGGAACAUGAACGAGCAAACGAGCUCAAUGGAAAGGAAGUGCAAAAGCUAAAAGAGGUGCACGCUAUGGCUUUAUCUGAUGCAACUGAAAGGGUGCGGGUAACCUUACUUCAGUGUGCGCAGCUUCAGGAGCAAGUCAAUCACGUGGAAAGUGAUCGAAGCUUGUUGAUAGAGCUGCACUCACAGUCAGUGAAAGACCUUCAAGAUAAGUUAGAGAGUACUAAGGAGCAACAGCAAAGCCUGGAAUUCGCUCUUGCAUGUGCUACUGGGGAGACCAGAGUGCUCCGAGAAUAUACUCAGUGGGCGGAGCUCAUACAUCAACAGCAAGGACAAGAGGUAGUCGCAAGGAUGGAACUUAUCACAGAGGAAUUGUCGGAAGCCCUGGAGCUAGCUACUACUUUUAUCAGGCUAGCUUCAGGGCUGGAGCUGGAGGCUCUACAGCGUCAGUUAGAUAAUGCGUGCUGUGAAUACGAGGCGCGGGAGAAGUCCUUUCAGGAGCGUUUUAGUUUGCUUCAGAAGCAGUUUGAUGAGGUUGUAACACAGAAAAAAAAUCUUUUAAGCCAACAAGAGGAAAUAAUGGUACAACUGAAUUCACUUUUAACUGAGAAGAGCAUACUUUCUGCAGAAGCAGUGAAGAUGCACCAAGAGUAUGAGCAGCUGAGUAUUGGUCAUAGAGCGGCAAUAGAACUUCUAGAGAAGGAAAAGAAUCAACUACAGGUGACCAAGCAGGCUGAGGUUGACUCAUUAAAAGCUGAACUUGAGCGGUUACAUAAAGAUUACACUCAAAUUGUUGAAGAAAUGGAGCAAACGCGGAGUACUCUCCAGAGCUUCGAAAAGGCUCUCCGUGAGCGAGAGGACGGAUUCCAGAGGGCACAGAAGCAGCUUGUGGAGGUCGCACUAGCAAGGGAGGAGGAAAAGACUCUUUUGGCUCGUCUAAAAGAUGCUGAAGUGGAAAGGCAAGAGUCUGCAUUUAAAUUAUCUGAAACCAAGGCAGCAAUGGCUGCUUAUAAAAGUGAAUCUACACGUAUUCAGAAGGGAAUGCAAGAGUACAUCAAUGAGCUUUCGAAGAAGCUCGAGGAAGCUCAAAAUUAUGUUGAGGUGUUGAAAUCUGAAAUUAAAAAGGAGAGCAAGAGACAUGAUCAAGUCGCGGCGGAGUUGCAAGAAGCUAUCAGUAGACUGAAUGAGGAACUCCAAAACGCAGCUAAUAAUCUUCACGAAAGGGAGGUAAUCAUAUGUAAUGAUGCAAGGGAGCUUUCACAACUUCGUAAGCUCGUCGAGGACCUUGAAAAGGAUAAGCAAGAGGAAGAGCAAGAAAAAAAAAUCUUAGCCUCGGAAAUCAUCCAUUUGCAACACAUGCUAAGUGAGGAAGCCCGCAGUCACCUCGAAGUCAUAGCCGCUAAAGAAGCUGAGGUUGAAAACUAUCAGAGCGAACUUAAAAGUUUUAAAGAGGAAAAAGAGGCAACAGAAAGGGUCCUUAAGCAGGAAGUAGAGACGAUGCAACUCUCCUUGAACGCCACAAUGGUAACCCUAAAGACUAAAGAGAAAGAAUUUCAAGACCGAAUCGUAUCUUUACAAGAAGAUGAGCUAUUACGUAAGGAAAAUAUUGCCGCUCUCGAGGUCAAACAGGAGGAAUUGCAUGAUAAACUUCGACUUCAAAUCCAGCGAAGCAUCCAGCUUGUGUCGGACAGAGAUACGGAAAUUGUGGCCCUGCAAGAAGAAAAAAGAAACGCCUUCGACAGCAUCGCAGCUCUUGAGGAAAAGCUCACUGCCACGAUUAAUGAUAAUAAGAAACUUCUUGAUCAAUACAUAAAACAGCAAGGUGAGUGUGAGAGGCAAUCAAAGCAGCUUGAUAAAUUGACUCUUGAUUUAAGAGAACUGAACGGGGAGCUUUAUGAAGCACGGAGAAAGUUAUCUGAAAAGGAGGCAGAUCUUGUGCAAGUAAAAAAGUAUCUCGAGGGUGAAGUAAACAAAAAGGCUGCUAAAUUGGGAGAGGUAGAGGCAGUAUUACGAAGCCAGAAGCCAAUAUUUGAAAAAGAGGUGGACCAGCUGAAGGACAUUAUUCAGAAAAAAGAUUUGGAUCUAUCCCUAAUGACGCAUGAGAGGGCGCACGCAGUGACAUACGCGCGCGAGGUACAGCAGAAAUAUGAGAAAAUAGAGGAUGAGCUCAAAGUGAGUGCAAGUCAGCUUCAGUGCACUGAUUGGGCUUUUACACAGCUCCAAUUCUUCAUCGAUCAGAUGGAGACAUUCUUUGACAUCAAGAUGAAUUGCCUCAUGGAUGUCUUAGGCAAACAGAUUUUAGACACUAUUGAAGUUAACAAGUGCUUAAAAGUUGAGUUGUAUCGAGUCUCACAAGAAUGCAGUGACACUUCAAACCAUCUCGUAAGCCUCCAGAAUGACAUUGUUGAGGAAAAAUCAGCGCACGCAGCUAAGCUGGAGACCCUUUUGAAUGAGUUGAACCAAUUAUCCUGUACAUGCUCUCAGAGAGAAAUGCAGUUAAAUGAACUUACGCAGCGUAUUGAUAUAUUGCAAACAAGUCAUGAACUUGAGAAAGACGGAUGGAGGGAGGGGGUCGCAGAGCAGUCAGAGAUAAUCUUCAGAUUGAAGAGGGAACUGGAUCAAUCCGAAAAGCUAAGAGAAUCUCUGGAGGGCCGUCUGGAGCAGCAGCAGGAUAUCCUAAAGGAUGAAAUUAAAAACUAUGAUAUGAUGCUCGAGAGACAACGAAAUGAAAUUGCUGAACUCAAGGAAUACCUUGAGUUUCAGGCAAGCUUAGAUCUCUGUGAGGUAGAAAGCAGCCGCAACACAUCCUUCUGGAGGCAGCCCGCUGGAUAUAACUCUACACCUGCGAACUCGAGUACGACACACAGCAUCGGCAGUGGUGGAACGACGACAACCAUGCGAAACCGCGUUGGGGAUGUUUUGAUGUCCCUGUUUCAGCGUAGAGGGUGCCCGGCGCCAAAGUCAUCCGCGCCAAACUCAGACGCCAUACAGGGAGUCGGUGGAUCAUCUGGAACCGAGAUAGCUAUUCAUCUGAAUAAGGAAUCAAAAAACCAAUUCGAAGGAGAAAGUAGUAGUUUUAUAGGUGACCAUUCUCCGCGAGUUCCAUCGAGUAUGUCCAUUUCACUACACGAUUUUAUCGCAUCCAAUAACGCAAAUACUCCCAAACAGUAA